UCGAGCGAGCCGCGAGCGAGGCAAGGAACGGCGCCCAGCGCGGAGGAGUGCCGGCCGUCGAGCUGCUUACCUCGAGGGGUGCGAAAAAGCGGGCAAGCUGCGCCGGAAGGGGGUAGCCCGGGCUUCUCGCGAAGGCCUCAAGAUUUCGGACGCGACGGCGGCCCUGGACCUACGCGCCCAGACACAAGCCCAAUCGGAAUUUGGCUUGGACCACCAGCAGCAGCAGCAACAACAUCACCACCAGCAUCAGCAGCAACAGCAGCACCAUCACCAUCAGCAGGCACAACAACAGCCGCAGUCGCAACAACAGCAGCCGCAGCAACAUCCGCAGCAGCAGCAACAACAACCGCCACCGCCGCAGCAGCAGCAACAACAGCAGCAGCAGCAGCAACAACAACAGCAGCAGCAACAAACUCAAAACCAAGACAACCGUCCCCACCAUCCUCUCCUUCAACAGCAGCCUCAACAACAUCACCACCACCACCACCAUCAUCAUCAUCAACACCACCCGGGGAAUCAUCUCCACCCUGGCGAUUCGGGGGGUGGGAUAGGUGGUGCUGGCGGAGGAGGAGGAGGAGGAGGGGGAGGCGGAAGUGUUGGCGGUGGAGGCGGAGGAAACGCUGGAGGUGGAGGCGACGCUGGAGGAGGCGCAGGCGGAGGUGGUGGUGUUGCUGGUGUUGCUGGAGGACUACCGACAUCGACCGAGCAAGAUAGAGCCGCAAGGAUACAGGACGAGGAAGACGAGGAUAUUACAGAAAGAGAGGACGAGGAGGAGGACGAGGAUCCUUGCAGUUCGCCAGAACCCGAUCUCGAGAACGACCACGAAUCCAUGGAAGUCCAAGCCUCGGCCGUCACAGCGGCGGCCGCCAACUUGCACGCUCUGCGACAGCACGUCUUCAAGAUGUCUGAUUAUUGGCAGCAGCCGCAACGAGGCCCGCCUCAGCAUUCGCCGGGGAUACAGCAUAGCCCGAUAUCGAAUUCUACGCAACAGCAACAGCAUCAGCAGGUUUCGCAGAUGCACAGUCCCCUCGGCCAGCAACAACAACAACAACAGCAGCAGCAAGCGGCGGUAUCGCAGGUACAACAGAACACCAAUUCUGGCCUAGGUCAAACGACGAGUCCGCAACAACAAUUGCAGCAGCAGCAACAACAACAGCAACAACAUGCGAUGUCGAUGAAUCAGCAGGCCUCUCAGGGUGCGCAACAUCAAUCUUCCCCAGCACCCACUACACCGUCGCCACACGCGGAUCACCAAGGUGCCAUCGCCUCGAGCAUGGCCCAAAGUCUCCACACGUUGGCGGCACAGGCCCAACAGAGUAUGUCUCAAACGUCAAGCCCAUCGCUGGGCGUUCAAGCUGCUCAAGCUCUAAGCCAAAACCUAGGACAAGCAUUAACGCAGGCCCUCACUCAAAACAUGCAACAGAAUCUCGGUCAAACGUUGCAGCACAAUCUGGCGCAAAGUUUGACGCCCAAUCUGUCGCCUCAACAACAACAGCUGCUGAAUCAACCGCAGAACCUAAGUCAAACCAAUCAAAGCUUGCAGAAUAUUCAAAGUCAGGCGCAAAAUCUUUCCCAGACGUUACAACAGCAGGCGCAAAAUCUAACGCAAAACCUCAGCCUCAGUCAACAACAGGCGUUGCAGCAGCAGGCACAGAAUCUCACGCAAAAUCUUCAACAACAGGCGCAAAACUUGACGCAAAAUUUACAACAGCAGGCACUUAAUAUGGCCGGUACAAUCGGACAAAACGGUGCGUUAACCGGUAUGAACAUGUCGGGUAGUCAACAACAAAAUUCGCAGAAUUCGAUGCUUAGUCCUGGCGCGACUAGCCAAGACUCCCACGACGCUACACUCACGGAGAAGCUCGUCAACGAGUUACAGUCUCGUGCCUCUGCGGCGGGGCUUGGUGGUGCAGGAGGUGCUGGCGGAGGCGGAGGAAUGGGCAACAUCAGCGAACGCACCCUCGAGGAAUGCUGGUCCACCCUGCAGCGAAUCUUCAUGCACAAGAGCGCGAUGCAGAUGCACGCGAGGGAGCUGGGUGCUGGCGCACUGACGGCAAGACCCGGGGGUGGCGUCGCAGGAGGCCUCGCGGGUCUCAGCGUCGGUGUUGGCGUUGGCGUCGGACCCGGGGGCAUGAUCACCGGUAACGAGGUCAAACCACACCAGUGCCAGCAAUGUCUCAAGUCCUUCUCGAGCAAUCAUCAGCUCGUGCAGCAUAUCAGGGUUCAUACCGGCGAGAAGCCCUAUAAGUGCAGCUACUGUGACCGCAGGUUCAAACAACUUAGCCAUGUGCAACAACAUACCAGGCUACACACGGGUGAACGACCGUACAAGUGCCAUUUACCGGACUGCGGACGGGCUUUCAUCCAACUAUCGAACCUUCAGCAACAUCUUCGGAAUCACGAUGCCCAGGUGGAAAGGGCGAAGAACCGGCCGUUCCACUGCAACAUCUGCGGAAAGGGCUUCGCCACGGAGUCCAGCCUCCGUACCCAUACGUCGAAGGUCAGUCAUGAGUUGCAACAGCGUGUUGUGUUCCAGCAACACGCCGCCCUGAUCGGCGGCCCGAACGCAACCAGCUGUCCUGUCUGCCACAAACUCUUCCUCGGUGGCGAAGCUCUGAUGGAGCACAUGAAGCACACCCACAAGGAUCCAAAUGCCUCCGGCGUUGCCAAUGGUGGUGAUGAUGAUGAUGAUGCUUUCGUUCCUUGGGACGCUUUAUCCUGCUUGGCAUUGACCUUGAAAUUGUCUCGCCCUAUUGUUCCCUCCGCUGACUGCACAACCUCCGUUGCCGGGGUUUACCUAGCGAAGCGACGGACGGCCAACCACCCGUGCCCGGUGUGCGGAAAGCACUACGUCAACGAGGGUAGCCUUAGGAAGCAUCUAGCCUGCCAUCCUGAGACCAGUCAACUUAGCACGAGUCUCAGAAUGUGGCCGUGCUCGGUGUGUCAAGCGGUCUUCACUCACGAGAGCGGUUUAUUGAGUCAUAUGGAACACAUGAGGAUGGAUCCGAAACAUCAGUUCGCGGCGCAAUACGUGUUGAGUCGCGCGGCGGCCGAUAGGAGAGAAAGGGAAAUUCUCGCGAGUUCGAGUCUAGGUGCGGGGCUAGGUGUUUUGGGAGGUCAAUCUGGAGGACCACAAAAUUUGCAGCAACCACCGAUGUGCCCAUCGCCGUCGGCCCACUCCGAUAGCAGCAGUGGAAACGGACGGCUAUCGUCGGCCGGAAGUGAACCUGAUUUCUGCGCAGGCACCGGUCUAUUGAACAACAACAACAAUAACAACAACAACAACAUGGCAUCGCCAGGACCCAGCGGUAACAAGCUGAGUGAAAUGUUGAGAGCGGGCAGUCAGCCGGGUUCCGCGCAACAAUAUCACGACGAGAUGCAAUCGCAACAACAACGCAUGGCCGUCAUGGCCGCCGCCGUGUCAGCGGGUCUACAAAACUCGGUGUCGCCGAAUUUGUCGCCCGUAGACAUGGCGUCGUUAGCGGCAGCCAUGAGGAUGGGUAACAACGGAGAUAUGAGCGGCAGUGCUCAAGGAUCGGCUGGAUCUCAACAGCAAGGUGUUCAGGCUACCGGACCCGAACAAGCCUUGAGAAUGCAUCAAGCGGAAGCUUUGUUACGUUCUCAAGCUGAAGCUGCCCUUCGGCUAGCGGUGUCCCAGGCAGCGGCCGCAGCGGCAAGUUCAGCGGUUGGGGGAGAUGUGAGACAUCAUCUAACGCAACAUAAUGGCGGCGGAACUUCCGGUAUACCAGGACAUCACGCGAAUCAACAAAUGUCACAACAAGACAGCUUGUCGCCCGAGUUCGGGGAAGCUCUACGCCUACAGGAGCAACGAUUAGAGCAAGCCCUGAGGCUUCACGGUGACCCACGCGCUUUGAGUUUUACCAUCCAGCAGGUGGUCAAUCAACAGAACAAUCAGCAACCAUGAAAGUUCAGUUACUACUGAGACGAGUGGACCCCUUGGACGCAAGAGCAGACGGCUCUGCAGCAAGUCGAGCGUAUGAACCAACAGCAGCAGCAGCAACAUCAACAACAAGCAUCGGAACGCUUGACACCUUUAAACAAUCAUCAGCAGCAGAGCUCGUCCGGCAUCGGCCAUCACCAGCAUCAGCAACAACAGCAGCAACAUCAUCAAGAGGAUCGGGGUGUCAAGAGGAAAGUAGAAGACAUGCUCGGUAAUGCCGAAAACGCGUAAAAUGCGGUGCGUUCAAGUGCGGUCAUCAACGAAUACGCUCAACGUCUCAGCAGUAUGAAAAGGAAAAAAAUAUAUAUGAAAGAAAAAAGCGCGCGGAAGUUUGAAAUAAGAGACUUCGUAGACGGACCGGACGAUUGUUUCUUAAAAAAAAAGGAAAAAAAAAAGAAAGAAAGAAAACACGCCCGGACUCCGUUAGUUCUCGCGAUUCUCGCGAGAUCAACGAGCCGAACUUGUUUAGCCGUAUUGAAACUCGAUACUCCGUUCGAUUUAAAUGAUCCAUCGGAGACGAUAUUAGAGACGUAGAUACGACUAAUCCGUUGCACGGUGUCGAUUCGACGUAACAGUGGCGACGCUUGCCUCCGACUUUUACGAUGUUCCUCGCGUCGUACACGUUGUUCCUAUUUCGGUCCUAAAGGGAAAGAAAAAAAAAAAGAAAAAGAAAGAAAAUGAAUGUAUUGAUCUCGAUCGAGAACGUCGUGUACGCGACACCAGAAAAGAAGAGAGACAGAGAGAAAGAUAGAAGGAAGAAAAACAGGGAGUGCCACGUUAUUGGUGUUUUCGCGUGUAAAUAAUGGACGUUCUCGGGUCGUCUUCCGCCGACCCUUUUCUCAAAUCGCGAAUGCCGAUUGUUCUUCCGCAACUAUGGGAGAUAUAUACUCUUACUCUAUCCUCUUCUAUUUUAAGAUCCUCUGGGAUCACAGGUACGCGUCGCCACCGUUACAAGUUUGUGUCGUCACCCGAAACGUGCCAUAAUGAAUGAAUGGAAGACCGUAGUCGUCCGACUCGUCCUCGUUGUGUUUACUAACGCGAUCGCUCCUCGUCAGUCGGUCGCGUUUCGUAUCGCCUUGAGGACGUGUGACGCGGUACUUAUAUGACUUUUUUUAGUACAAGAGCCAUAACGACGGGCAACGAGAAUUCACAUGAUCACAAGUGAUCCUCCAGUCCGAUUCGCGGUUCAACAACCGAGCUAUAUGUAUAUUCAUAUAUUUAUAUAUACGUAUACAUAUAUAUAUAUAUGUAUAUAUAUAUAAAGUCCUCACGAACAUCGGUCGUUAUAUAUAUAUAUAUAUGUAUAUGUAUAUAUGUGUAUAUAUGUAUAUAUUUAUAUUUAUAUACAUAUGUAUGUACAUGUAUCUAUGUAUGUAUGUAUACAUACAAGCCAGUCUCAAGGUUCCCUUAAUCUUAAUCUCCCGUAACGUUUAAGAAGACGAAUACACGCGAUACACACAGAACACAGAUGAAAAAAUAGAAAGAAAACAGAUAGAGUCGGAGUGAAACCGCCGUAAACGUAUACGUGCGUCGACAAAACGAUGAGAAGAUCGGUCGCACUCUCUCGAACGAGGGUAUAAGCCCUUCUCCUCGUAAUCGUAAUUCACGCUUACGGCUACGUGAAAGACACAUAUUAUAUACACGCAUACACACAAAGAAACUCCGUGAAGAGAAGAAAGAAAAUAGGAGGGCCGAACGUGUUUCUCAACGAGCGUGCCGCGUUCCCGAAAAACAAUGCAAACAAGUGUGAAAGAACAUUAGUGAUAAACACACACGCAGAGACGCACAUACCACACACACAGGCACAUAAACAUAUAUAUAUAUACACGCGCUAAUAUAGCGUGGACAAAUGGGGAACGCAUCACACGCAUGUAACCACACACGCACGUAUAGACAUUUGGUAGGACACACUCUGUACACAUUAAGCACAUACUGAAAAUACAGUUACUGAUAAGAUACACAUGAAUAUACACACACACACAUAUAUAUAUAUAUAUAGACACACACAUACACACAUACGUACUGUGUAAACUCUUGAAGAAAAAAAAUGCGCGCAACUUGUGCUCGUGAUAGCACGAAAACUAUUAGCUCGUAAGCGGACAAACAAAAUAUAAUUAUUACAAACAGUUAUAUUAUAUAUAUUAUAUAUACAUACAGAGUAUGAAGAGUAUGAUGAAAGAAGCGAAGAGAAACAAAAAAGAAAAAAAAAAGAAAAGAAUAGUGCACGGGUGCGAAGAGAGAGAAAGAGAGGGAGAGAAAGAGAGAGAGAGAAAGCGAGAGAGCGAGAAAGAGAGAGUGUAUGAAAGAAAGAGAGAAAGAGAGAGAGAGAAAGAGUAGAAAGUCACCCGAAUAAAGCACGCAAAACACACAUUUUAAAAUGAAAAAAAAAAUUUGAGCGUGAAUGCGAACGAACGUUUUUCGUGAGCGAGCACGCUCGAGAUGAUGAUGCAGAAGAGAUAAAUAAAAAAAAAAACUAAAUGCUAAAUAUUAUAUAUAUAUUAUAUAUAUAAAUAUUAUAAAUAAUGAAUAUAGGGUCUAUGAGACUAGGAUAGUUAGGCGAAAGAGAAAUUUCGUGCGAGUGAGGCGAGCGCGUCUGUGCGAUUUUACGCGAUUCCGAGAAUCUUCGCCGAGAAAAUGUAAGUACGAAGAAUGAUUGAAAGAGAGAGAGAGAGAGAGAGAGAGAGAAAGAGAGAGAAAGAAAGAGAGAACGAAUGAGAGUUCGUGAGAAUGAGUACGAAUGUAAGAAUGAAAGAGAAACAGAGACAGAAGCAAUAACGAAAGAAAGAACGAGUGAAAGAGAUCGAUGAAUGUGGCGACGAAAUUGGAAACGACGCGUAAACGCACGGAUGCACACGCGGUGUGAAUGUUAGAAUCGAGUAAAUGAGAAUGCUUCGUGAGCAUCAAGGAAGAGAACGAGUGCGUGAAGAUUAAAAAAAAAAAAAAGCGGAGCGUUUGAGAUUUUAGAAUGACGUGCUUCAGGUAAUCUGAGGUCCUGUGAUCGUUAUAAGCGAAAUAUUUUUUUAUUUCCGGGUAAUAUAUCUGAACGCGUAAAGCACUUGCGUCGUUUCGAACUUUUACUUGCAAUAUACCGUUACGUUCUCGCAAUACUUAGGAAGAAAGGAGAUUGAACAAAAACGAAAAAUGAAUAAAAUAAAGACGAAUAAGAAGAGAAAUGGAUGAGGAAAAAAUAAUACGAAGAUGAGGAUGACGAAAGGAUGAUGAAAGUGUAUCGUAGAAAGUCCGUACGUUUGACCGUGGAGCGAACUAUAGGAAAAAAACUAUCGAGUCAACCCCUUCGUCCUUUUCAAAAGGCGAGCACUCAUACUUUAGAGUCCCAUUUAACCUUUCACGUUAAUUCACCUAAACCUUCACCAUCACGAAUUAACAAAUCUUUCGAUCUAGUUUCCAAUAUCUUGCCAUUUGAAAAAGAAAAAUAACGGAAUAAGAAAUAAUAUAUCGUGGAUCGUCCAUACUUUUGAUGGGGUUUCUUUCGACAUACAAGACGAAAUACAAAACGAAACGAAAUGUUGACGGUUUACGCGCCAAAUCGAUGAAAUAACGAAACUGAAUUUUACGAUUAUAAUCAUUCGCGGAUGUAACAACGAUCGAAAGCGGGAGAUAAUAAUAACGAUAAUAAGAUCGAAAAAGUAAACAUAAAAGGAAAACGAUGCCCUCUCUUGAACAAAAAAAAAAAAAAAAAACGAAACAAAAGGAAAAGUUUUUAAAAAAUCAAUGCCGACAGUAACGGUGAUUAUUCGGACAAAGUAAUAAAAAAAAAGAAUAGAGGGUUGAUUAAAAAUUAAGACGGAUCGGAAGUACAAAAGACGCGCGAUAAGAUUCGACUCAUUGUCAGGAGACGUUCGACUUCUUCGUUUCUUUGACUGACAAUCGCGGAACUAGUAGAGUGCGGAAACGAAUGGUAGCGUGCCGAAUAUAAUAAUCUCUUUCCUUCCCCCUUGACAUACGUCGAACCGCGUUGUUAUUGUUAUUGUUAUUGUUGUUGUUGGCCCCCAUUCGGAGAUUCUCGACGAGACUUUUCGUUCUUUACCGGCUCGUAACUUACUACCUAAUGAUAUCUCCCGCUUUCGUUGUUUCUUCCACGAUUUGAUUUCGUAAUGAAAAAAUAUAUAUAUAUCCUCACGAGUUUCCUUGACGAAGAAUGAAACUUUUUUCUGAAGAACCAUUUCGGAGCGACAAAUUUCUCAAAGAAAUUCAUUAAUAUUCUAUAAUUUAACACCGUGGAUACGAGAAUGAAAAAGUGAAAGAUAAAAGUAAAAGAAAAAACAAAAAAAAAAAAAACAAAAAAAAAACAAAAAAAAGAAAAACAAAUUAUUAAAAGUUAGAGGAGACAGGAAAAAAAACCCAUCCAAAGAAGGAAACCGAUCGAUUUUAAUUUUGUGCUAAAUCUAGAACGAAAUACCGUCGGGUUUUGGUGUCUCUCUCAUUUUCCCUUUUCAAGGAACUUGUUCCCGUCAAGUCCCUUUGUUCGCCAAUUACGAAAGUAUAGCCUAACGUCGUCAUCUUCGUUGAACGUAAAAGACACGCGCCAAGAAAAGCCGCCGGGUAAACAGGCUUUUUCCACCAUCCGGGACGAGAAAAGAAAAGAUCGCUAAAGGAUUCAUCGUCAAAGCUACAUUUUACAAUCGAACCCGCCUCGCGCGCGAGACUCCGGAGGUAUCGAAACUUUCGACGAUCUCGCGCCACGGUCAAGAAAUAAUUUUGCGUCUCGUUAAAGGAUAUAAAAUAAUGGAAAACAAAUUUUUCGACCAAACGUGCCCCAAAAUUAACUCGAUGGACCAAAGCGCGGCAUAUAACGAGAACAAAAGAAAAAAAAAAUAAAAAGAAAAGAAAAAGAAAAUAAAGAAGUCCAAAAACGAGCACCCACGAGAAUGGAGAAAAAAAUUAAAAAAGAAAGUUAACAGGAUAAAAAAAGAGAAAGAAAAAAAUAAAAAGUAAACUUCGUUCCCCGAGUCUCGCGCUGAGCGAUCGCAGGUCGAUCAUUGGUCGUUCUUAUUAUAAAGAAUUUUUACGUUACAGGGCGUUUUUUCCUCGGAUUAAGUAGUAUGUAAAUACACCUUGAUAUCACAAGCAUAAACUGAGAAUUUACUGAUAAACUUAAAGGAAGUACAUAAUGCGAAAUAGGGUUAGUUUCUAUGUAAAUACCUAAAGCUGGACGAGUGCAUACACCUCGUUCAUGCAACCAACGAUAAUCGUUUUUAUCGAACCAGAGCUUCUGUUCGUCGUCGGUGUACGCCUGGACGUCGACGAGUGUUCCUAUUCGGAUUAUCCUCUUACGCUCGUCUUAGAACAAAUUGCGGUAAUCUUAGGAGGAAUGCUCUGCGAGCCGAGCGUCGCUGAUCGGGAAAUUCUUUUUUUUUCUCGACACCGAUACUCUCAAGCGCGACACGCGCCAAUGCAUAUACUUACACUUAUACUAAAACGUAACACACAUACGCAUACACACAGAUACACACAUAUACACACAAACACACACAACACAGAGAUAGCCUUGCGAUGGAUUGUACAGCUAUGCUAAAACAACAUUACCAACUCGACAACAACUUUCGGCAUUAUCAUAUUACUCUUGCACAACUCGGCACCGAUGAGAAUUCUAUAUAUAUAUAUAUAUAUUUUUUUUUUCUCUGACUUCGGGCUAGGGACCAACAUUCGGUUUUACUCGCCAUCUAUAAUGAUAAUCGGACCGGCCGUUUAAAUAGAAUGACGAAAGAAACAACGUAACGCUGUUUUAUAUUUGGGACGAAGCGAAGAUCGUGAAUUAUUUUUUAAUCUCGUUUGUCGUGCACGUAUCAAAACAUAAACGAAGGCUCAUUAAUUAUAGGGAAACAAAGAAAGAAAGAUAGAGAGAGAGAGAGAGAGAGAGAGAAAGAGAGAGAGAGAGAGAGAGAGAGAGCGUUGGAUUGAUCGGCAUGAAAGAUUUGUGGAUGUCAUUUUAACUGCAAAGUUGUGUUCUUUGAACAUGACUUAAGGUUGCGAAAUUGUUGAAAGGUUGAAACGAAUGUGCAUGAACGAGAGUGCGAACGAACUUAGCUUCGAGGGCACAAAGUUGAGGUUUAGAUAAAACAAAACGGAAAAGAGAAAAAAAAGAAAAAAUACGAUCCGAAAUAAGAUCCGAGAAAGAUAGAAAGAAUACGAUUCGAUCGGAAAUUUUUCAAUGACUUCGCUUUCAUACAAAAAUAUAUAUAUGAUAAUCAAACAAAAACAGAAAGAAAGAAAGAAAGAAAGAAAAGAAAAAUCAUCGACCGACAAAUGCCAACAAUUACAAAAGUCAUUUCAAAAAGAGAACAAUAAAGAUCUUAAUUUUUAUGGUCCCUAAGAAAAAUCCACGAAGGAAAAAAAAAGAAAAUAAAACGGGUGCACAGAACAAUGCGAUAAGAGUGCAGGAGAACAAAAAACAAAAUGAAAAAAAGAAAAAAAAAAACAAAACAAAAAGGAAAAAUGAGAAAAAGAGAAAA